GGCGAGCGGCGCCGGCACCCCCGGGCGGGCGGGCAGCCCCGCACCUCCCCGCGGGUGGGAGAGCCGCGCUGGGGCGGUGCCGCCUCUCCCCGGAGGAGCGGAGCCUCCACAGCUCCCUGUGCCCGCCGCCGCCGGACGAGAGCGGAGCUGCGGCGGGGCUUCGCUCGCUCGCCCUCCCGCCCUCCCUGCCUGCGGCGGGCCCCGGGGCGGCGGCGGCAUGUCGGCGGAGCGCGCCUGGAGACUAUACCUUCUGUAAAGCUUUGUGGAAGACAGAUGUGUGUGCUGCAAUGGUGACAUAAAUAUUUCAGAGGACUGGAACAAGUUGUUGAGAAUCUUUGUUUUUAAGGCUGCUGGCGAGAACAAUCUAAGGCAAGUAAACAACAUGAGUUUUAUCAUGAAACUUCACAGACAUUUUCAAAGAACAGUUAUUUUGCUGGCCACUUUUUGUAUGGUGAGCAUAGUUAUUUCUGCGUACUACUUGUAUAAUGGCUACAAACAGGAAAAUGAACUUUCAGAAAUCUCUUCAGAAGUGGAAUGUGGUGAUCUUCAACUUCUGCCCUACAAGCUGAUGGAGAUGAAGACCGUGAAGCCCAUUGAUCCCCUGAGGACACAUCUUGUAGUGCUGGUGUUUGUGGAAAGUCAGUACUCAACGUUAGGCCAAGAUAUAAUAACCAUUUUAGAAUCUAGCAGAUUUCAGUUUCACAUUGAGAUUGCACCUGGGAAAGGUGACCUCCCAGUGCUUAUAGACAAAAAUAAAGGCAAGUAUGCUCUCAUAGUAUAUGAAAAUAUACUAAAGUAUGCGAAUAUGGACUCUUGGAACAGAGGCCUUCUAGAUAAGUACUGUAUAGAAUAUGGUGUAGGUGUUAUUGGAUUUCACAAAGGUAAUGAGAACAGCUUGCAGAGCUCUCAGUUGAAGGGCUUUCCUUUCCAUGUCCACAGCAAUCUGGGUAUUAAGGACUGUUGCAUUAACCCUCAUUCCCCACUGCUCCAUGUGACUAAGUCUUCUAAGCUUGAGAAAGGUCCCUUGCUUGGAAAUGACUGGGCGGUUUUCCAGAUUAAUCAUACAGCUUAUCAACCAGUGAUAUUUGCAAAAGUAAAGACACCAGAAAACCUUUCACCACCUGCUGCUAAGAGUGCUCUCCAUGCCACAGUCAUUCAUGACCUGGGGCUCCAUGAUGGGAUUCAACGGGUCCUUUUUGGCAAUAACUUGAAUUUUUGGCUGCACAAGCUGAUUUUCAUAGAUGCCAUCUCUUUCUUGUCUGGAAAGAAGCUCAGACUGUCCUUGGAUAGGUACAUUCUGGUUGACAUAGAUGACAUCUUCGUUGGGAAGGAGGGAACAAGAAUGAACACCAACGAUGUACAGGCCCUGCUUGACACUCAGAAUCUUUUGAGAGCUCAGAUUACAAAUUUUACUUUCAACCUGGGAUUUUCAGGGAAAUUUUAUCACACAGGCACUGAAGAGGAGGAUGAAGGCGAUGACCUGCUGUUGAGGUCUGUAGAUGAGUUUUGGUGGUUUCCCCAUAUGUGGAGUCACAUGCAGCCUCAUCUCUUCCACAAUGAGUCGUCACUGGUGGAGCAGAUGAUCCUCAACAAAAAAUUCGCCCUAGAACAUGGUAUUCCAACUGAUUUGGGCUAUGCAGUGGCUCCACACCAUUCUGGAGUCUAUCCAGUACAUGUUCAACUUUAUGAUGCCUGGAAAAAGGUCUGGAAUAUCAGAGUUACCAGCACAGAAGAAUACCCACAUCUGAAGCCUGCAAGGUAUAGACGAGGCUUCAUCCACAAAAAUAUCAUGGUGCUUCCUAGGCAAACUUGUGGCUUAUUCACCCACACAAUUUUCUAUAAAGAGUAUCCUGGAGGCCCGAAGGAACUAGACAAAAGUAUUCAAGGAGGAGAGUUGUUCUUCACCGUGGUUCUCAAUCCUAUUAGCAUCUUCAUGACACAUUUGUCUAAUUAUGGAAACGACCGCCUGGGGUUAUACACCUUUGUGAAUCUGGCCAACUUUGUUCAUACCUGGACAAACCUGAAACUGCAAACUCUUCCUCCGGUUCAGCUGGCUCACAAGUAUUUUGAACUAUUCCCUGAGCAAAAGGACCCUCUCUGGCAGAAUCCUUGUGAUGACAAACGGCACAGAGAUAUCUGGUCUAAAGAAAAAACCUGUGAUCGAUUACCAAAAUUCUUGGUUGUAGGACCCCAGAAAACUGGUACCACAGCCUUGUAUUUGUUCCUGAUCAUGCAUCCUUCCAUCAUUAGUAACUCCCCCAGCCCAAAAACCUUUGAGGAGGUACAGUUCUUUAAUAGAAAUAACUACCACAGGGGGAUUGAUUGGUACAUGGAUUUCUUCCCCACUCCUUCUAAUGUCACCACUGACUUCCUCUUUGAGAAAAGUGCCAACUAUUUCCAUUCUGAGGAAGCUCCUAAGCGAGCUGCUUCUCUCAUCCCCAAGGCCAAGAUCAUCACCAUCCUCAUCGACCCCUCCGAUCGGGCGUAUUCCUGGUAUCAGCAUCAGCGAUCCCAUGAAGAUCCUGCAGCUCUAAAAUUCAGCUUCUAUCAGGUGAUCACAGCUGGACCUCGAGCCCCAUCUGAGCUUAGAGCUCUCCAAAAGAGAUGCCUAGCACCUGGAUGGUAUGCUACCCAUAUUGAAAGAUGGCUAACUUACUUCCCACCUUACCAGUUGCUAAUUAUUGAUGGACAGCAGCUGAGAACCGACCCGUCUACUGUAAUGGAUGAAGUACAGAAAUUUCUGGGAGUCUCUCCUCAUUAUAAUUACUCUGAAGCUCUAACGUUUGAUUCGCAUAAAGGUUUCUGGUGUCAGCUCCUGGAAGAAGGAAAAACAAAGUGUCUUGGAAAGAGCAAAGGUAGAAAAUACCCUCCUAUGGAUUCUGAGUGCAGGGCUUUUCUGUCAAGCUACUACAGAGAUCACAAUGUGGAACUGUCAAAACUCCUACACAAACUGGGACAACCCCUGCCAUCAUGGCUGAGACAGGAGCUACAGAAAGUAAGAUAGCAUUGAAAAAAGGCUUUUUGAAAUGUCUCUUCCACACUUCGGUCAUCAUACCUAAAGUCUCCAGUAGCUACCAGAAAGUCUUGUAAGAUAUACCUCUUCAAAAAAGAGUAAAAGAUAGAAAUUAUUUCCAUAUGCUGGCAUGUGGAUUGUGAAAAUACAUGUGUUAGAGCUCUGGUGGGUCAAAUCUUUCUCAUAAACAUUUCUGGGCCUAUGGACUUGUGGAUUACCAUGCACAUAUAUGGAAGUUAUUCGCAACUGGUAUAAGCUUCAGAGAUACACGACCUGUCCAAUUUCACGGUAAAUAUUUAGAUUUUUAUAUAUCAGUUUAAAAGUAUUGUGUCUCAUGUAGGUUUUGUAGCCCAUUGUUAGACAGCUGACAGUUUUUCUUACUAUUUGAUUAUUGUCUUGCAUAAAAUAAGAAAAUUUAAUGUAGCACAAAUGCCAAGUGUACUUCUGCCUUUGGAAUCAGCUUGCUAUUACCCAAAGUAUAUACUAAAAAGGAUGAGAAGUACAGUUAUCAUAUAUGAUUUAGCUGUGCACAGCAACAAAAUGCAUGGAGCAAAAUCUGGAAGCCACAGGCAAAAGCAGUGUGGAAGAAAACAAACACACCCCCCCGCCCCCCCCCCCCCCCAAAAAAAAAAAAAAAAAUCACGUAUGAUUAUAGCCUGUAACAACAAACCCUUACGAUGUGGUAAGGGCCUUUAUCCAUAAUUACCUUGUCUGAUUUUGUACUGACUGAAAAGGCAAAAUCCAUAACGUAGCCAUUAUCUGAACAGGAAUUUAACUGGACUUGUGAAGCUCAAAAGUUGCAGUAUAAUCCUUAUGAGCAUAUUAUACUUAAACCAUUGUGAACCGAACUGAAGCAGUGCAAUGAGCAGGCUUUCACUCCUGGCUUCUCUGAGCAGCCAGGCCUGGAUACUGCACUCUGGGCUUACACUGCUGUGAAUCAGGAGUGACUCCACUGAAAUGAAUGAAAAAACUGUAAAGAGCAGUAGCAGAUCCAUACUUAGAUUGCCUUAUUUUGCACCACUAUUUUUUCCUUAAUGCUUUGAGUAUUCCAAGAUCCCUCACCCUGAUCAAAAUUGUAGCAUCUUUCAGUAACCUUCAGUUUACAUCAGCUGCAAAAAUCCAUCAGAUUUCCAGAUGAAAAUGCUGGUUCUGGUUCCAUCUGGUUCCAGAUACACUAAACAUGUUUGGUGUUAAAUAUGAGGAAUAAGCUUUAGGGGAAAAAAAAAAACAACGAUAAUCAUGGUAGAAAAUUACGCUCUAAUACUGGAAAACACAAAUAUCCAGCCUUGCAUUUAUGUGAUACAUUUCAGUGAUACAUCUCACAAUGCAUCAGUUCAGAUGUGAGAUAAAGUCUAAUUAAUAGUACUUAAAAGUUGAGAAAGAUCAAUGAAGACUUCAGCUGAGUAUGUUGGUAAUGCUUCUCCACUGAACUUUGGCUCUGAGCGUUUCUAAAGGCAUGAAGAGGUAGUGAAAACAAAAGCGAAUUACAGUACUAAAUGCAAUGCUUUUUAGAGUAGCUCUCUAAUGUUAUCAUGAUCUGUUUUAGGGUGAAUAGUUAAAAACAUGCAUCAAAUGGUGGGAAAACUUUAUAUGUCUCAGUGCUGGUUUACGACAUUUAUGUAAUCAUAUACUUUAACUUUCAAGGUAGUGGAAUGGAAACCAGUCUGUUAUUCCCUAAAUAGAAAACAACUGUUGAGAUCCUUACUGUACCUCUAACUGGUUAUCUUUAUUAUUUAUUGAUUUUGUCUAUGUAAUACCUGGUUUUGAUAGGCCUGUAAAGAAAAAAAUCUAGACAAAUUUGCUGUAUAUAACGAUAUUCUUUACGCAGCACAUUUUUGCUAAGGGAAUAUGCAUGAAAAAUGAUGAGGACUUACUAGAGUAGACAUUUUUUAAAAUGAAUGGCUUUAUUAUUUAUUAGACAGAAUGAGAAUUUUCAUUUCACUUUAAAUAUUCACCGUCAUAUGGAUUCAUCCCAAAAGCUGACUUGUCUUAAAAUGCUACUUCUUUGAUAAAAGAAACACUCUGGAUUCUGAACAUCUGUAAAAGCAAAUACUCUGCAUGCUAUGGACAGCUCAUGCGUCCUGCAAGCAUCUAUAUGGAUUUGAUACAACUAAAUUGAAUAACUGGAGAAAAUACUUGGGGUUUUCAUCCUGGCAUGAUUGAUUUUACCCUUAAUAGAAUUUGAUGUAUUGUCACUCAAACGUUCUAAAAAAAUCCACAGGGAUUGCACAGAGCUCCUGUUUUGUGCACUGCUGCCUCAGUUACUCCAUGUUCUUCAGAGCAGCAAUUAUAAAAUAGAAUAAAAUAGGAAAAACUUUGGGCACUAUGAAGUGCCUGAAGUUUUCAUGGUGAGAGGACCCUCUGCACACAAAUUGAGUGCCUCCUACGUGCAGGAGGAAUGCGCUUCAGCCACAUUCAUAGUUCAUUCUUUGUUUUCAAGAGCUCCCUUUCUGUCGUCUCUCUCUGGGAAGCGAAGGCGCCCGCAGAACGAGAAUGAGUGGGCAGUCACGGACAGAGUGCUGAUGGGGACGUGCAUGUUGGUCGCAUUGUCCCUCCGGGAAUUUUACAACAGACAAGUUGACAUGUCUCAGAUCUGUGGACUACUUCUGUGAAGUCCUCUCUGAGGUAUGGCAAGGAGCCCCCUACAGUUGCUGGUGAUCUGGUAAAACAGCCCAGCUGCAGUCACCAUGUAGCACUGGGAGGGUAAGUCCCCCACGUGCACGGCCUUGGCCUGGGCUGGGACUAGGCUUCGUUUGGCAGCUAAACACAAAGCUCAUCCUCCAGGAAGGAGUGCCAUGGUGACGCUCAAGUCCUGAUGAGGAACAGUAGGGCGGAGCUCUUGUAUCGUCCCAGUGCCCUUCCUAAUGGAGGGAACUGGGAACGAAAUGAAUGAGUUCCUAGGGAAAUCUUCUGCGGAUUCCUGUGGUAACUUUACCUGAGUCAAUACUGAGAACAAAGUAGCUUGACCUGGAACUGUGCAUCUGAAAGGGCAUGAUCUUGAAUCUGCGUAAGUCCAAGCUCCUGUGGUGCAGCUGUUAAGCACCAGCAUCUUUAGAAAAGGUGCUGCGGGAUUAGCUGCUUUUACGCUAGCGGGCUAGUCUCAGACCCAAAUGCAGCAGAGAGGUAAAGGCAAACUGAUGGUGCUCUUCGCAGUUCUGAAUUUCUGACAUUCGCUUAUUACUUGUGUAUACAAAGAUGGUAUGAAGCCACUUUUUUUUUCUCCAGAACUAUUCUAUUUAAAUAUGUUCUUACAUUUAACAGGAGAGUUUAGAAAGCAGAAUGACUUUUAAUGUGCAGUCAACUUGGUGAAGAAUGAAGAGUCUGGGCAAAGCAUGCAGACAACAGCUAGAUGUGUUAUUCCCCAAAUCAUAGGAUGCACAUGAGUACAGCUGAGUAAACAAGUCACACAACAUGAAUUAUCUGACAAAGUUUAACCUCUUCUAUUCACAGCUUACCUACAAUCAGUGUUUGAUUUCCAGAGCUAGACUAUCAGUAUUAACUUUCUUAAAAGAAUACUGAUUCAUUACAACGAAUUUAUAUUUCCUAGUCAAAGGCAGGUGUUUUAUUGUGGCUGGUAACACAGCCAUGGUUUCUGUUCCCCUGGUAGAUAACUGCACGAGCAAUUUCUUUUUAAGAUCCUUGAUUAUGCGAGCUUCACCUUUAUUUUCAUAAAUGUGAUGCUGAAAUUUGCUUUCUGCAGACAUCCGUGCCAUUAAAAAUCAAUGUGUGAUUAUGAGCAGAAAGUGACCGUUGGGGGGGGGGGGGUGUAAACACAGAGCCUAAUAUGAAAUCACUUAAUUAUUUGAGCAAACAUUCCUGAAAAUACUGUGAUAUUUUCCCAGUUCUACUUGUGCAGAAAGAAUGAGUUUCAAUGAUUUGCAGACUAUCUUGUACAGAAUAUCCUUUUUCAUUGCUUAAAAAUGUGAAACUUCCUCAGGAAGAAAUUAAAUAGAUAUUUCAAUGUUUAUAGAUGUAAUACUCUUGUCAUUCACAUUGAAUGAAAAUUGCUGGAAACAUUUUUCUCAAAGUUUUUUAAAAUAAAAAAUAGAUAUUAUUCUGAUAGUGGCAUGGUAUCUGAAGUGCAACAAUAAACUCUGAUAAGAAAAUGUAGUGCUGUGUGGAAGUGAUUUUUA